CUCCCCGAGAAUCGUUCCCCCAAAUUCCCCAAUUCACAGGCUGCCUCGCAGCCGCAGGCGGCAGGCCACUUUCGCGCGCCCACCUCACCGCCGUACCCGCCGGCAGCCGCCCCGUCUCAAGAUUUCCGUCCGCUCCUCCCAUCGCUCGCUGCCUGUCACAGCCAGCCUACUACUCUCUCCCGCAUCUGUCACCGGCUGCACCGUGGGAGCUUCCCGGUUCUUGGAUCUCUGGACGGCCGGCGCUUGGCACGAUGGAUGGAGGCCAAGAUGGCCCCGAAGGCUCAGGUUCAACUUCUAAAGGAUGCCCGAAGCUAAGCAAAGCAAAAUGGUUUACAGACUCCUCAAGGAUGAAACACAUAUUUUAAGUGUAACUAGUACUUUGCUGAUGUAAGGUAUGCAGUUAGGUCCCAUAUAACACCACCUAAAGACGUUUCCAAUGCCAUUCAAAGAAGUCCCCAAUUGAUAUGAUCACAACAUGGACCUAGAAGAAGGCAAUGCUGCCACUAGGGUCAAAAGGGCAAAAGCAACAAAUUGGCCCAGGGUGAUGUCAAAGUUUUUGCUUGAUUGGUACCUUGACAAGAAGAAGGGAAUGCCCCCCAAGACCAAGUUCAAGAAGAAUCACCACGUUUGGUGCACAUCUGCAGUAAAUGCUAAAUUCAGAACAACUUACUCUGUUGAUCAGGUCCAUCGCCAUUUUAGACGUUUCAAGGAGAUCUGGAUCAUUGUGACUCGGUAUGUCAAUGAGAGUGGGAGCAGGUUUAACAAUAAACACAAAAUGCUUAUACUUCCUCCUGCCAAAAUGGCUAGUUUACCUAUAGCGGAGCGUGCUAUCCUCGCUAAGCCCAUUCCAUUCUUCGACCAUCUGCUUCAUCUUUUCAAUGAUGGCCAGCUAGAUGCAGUGUGCAUGAGAGACCCUAUUACGACUGAUGAUUCUGAUGAGGAAUUGGAAGCACAGAUUGCCUUGAACAUUAUUGCCUCCGGCGCAGAUACAAGGGACCAAGAUGGGGCAGACUUAGAUAAUAUGGGAUUGGAGGGUGAAGAUAACCAUCAUGAGGUGGCAGCAAGUAGUGGUGAGGUGCCUUGUGAAGUGAUGUCUGAUACUAGUACACCAUCUGGGUCCUUUGCUGAGAGCACAAUGGCUGCUCUCAAGCCUAGCGCAAAGAAGUUGAAGAUCAUCAGCAAAACAAAACUAAGCCCAAAGCCGCAGGCUCCUCUGCCACAUGAUGGAAGGAACAUGGAUGCACUGAACAGCACCUUAGUAGGGAUCCGUGACAGUGCUCCAAAACCUGUUCGGGCAGCACCAACAUCAGACCCGAAUGCUCCUCUGUGGAACAUGCUAAAAGAAAUUCCACUGACGCAAUCUGAUAGGCUAUCUGUAGGAAUGUAUCUUUGUAAGCCAGAGUCUGAAGUGCAUCGAAGCUUUUUCACGAACAUGGGCAAGGAGUACCUUGAAGCAUGGGCCCGUAAGUUCUUGGCUGGAGAGGAACCUGGAGCCGUAUAGUUUGAUAACUGAAUCCAGAUUGAGCUUCUUGCCUGCAGCAGCGCGUAGCCUAUCCUGAUGAACUUUCAUUUGUCAGGCCUUGUUAUUGCUGCCAGUUUAUGUUCUAUGAUUGAUGCAUAUGGUGUGCUUGAACAGUUGGUAAAUACCAUUUUGUUAGCUGUCAUGUAACUUAAAAUGUGUGGACAAGUUAGUUCGCCUUUCGGCCUUGAAGCUUUUCAAGGUUUAUUUAGGUCCGAUUCCCCCAGGUUGUAGAUGAUAACAAUGUAAUAUAUUUGUGGAGAUCUAGUUCUGUUU